UGUAGGUCCGGCCCGUAGCGUGCGUAGCGUACACCAGCGGGGGUAGCGGACACCGCGGGUGGACGAACGAACGGACGUUAAAUACCUACAUCAAGAGGCUAGAAGUAGACAAUUUUUAUUUAUAUCCCUCGUACUAAAUACCGUAAAGUACCUACAUAAUAAUUUUAAAAAGUUCAUCAUGGGAACAACAUAAAUAAUAAUUUCUCGGUAUUAUGCGUGUUGAAGAUAUUGUGUCUUGUCGUUUCAUAUUUUGAUGCUGAUUGAGUGCUUCGGCCUGGGUAUUGACGUUUAUUUUAUGUGGGUACAGUGAAUUAUAAUCCGAAUGUUGUUUGUAUACGCUACUGUACGAGUGUGAGGUGAACUUGUAAAAACUAUCGGGACGUAAGUGAAAAGUGCGCUUGUGAUACAUUGGUUAUUAUGUGUUACAAAUUGGCAUUGAUGUGGCAAACCGGAUUGCACCAAGCUGAAGAAAACGUGAAGCUAUUAUAAGAUGGGUGGACGCGCGCGGAGAGCGGACGGCGCGCCGACGGCGUCGGGUGACAUGCGCGCCGAGCUUCACGCAUCCAACGAGCACCUUUUGGUCCGAUUGGAUUGAAACGGGCGUACCCGGCUAGCAUGGAGGAGUGUAAGAAGAGAAACACAGGGACAAAAGUUUCAAAAAUUGCAAAUAUUUUCCAAGGAAUGCCUUCAAGAGAAGAAGAAGAAAUGCGUGGAAGUGACGUAACAGUUGUGCGCACAGAGAGCCAUUUGGCUCGAUUUAAUAACGCCAGAGCCCUAUUCGAAAAGCUAGGUGAAGAGAAUCGCGGUUUUCGGAUUGAAAAGUCGCCGUCGGCAGCAGCUAGUUUCGCCGGCACUCGCGGCGUGACGCCGCCCACGACUGCUCGGUCUCGAUCAAGCUCUGCGGGGUCGGUGAGUCCACCUAGACGCAUCGUCACGCCGACUCCUUUAGGAGCGGCAGUCAAUGGAGAUCGUAUCGCCAAUGGCUCUUCUCAGCCACCGCCAAAACCUGCGAAACCGAGCGUUUUGCCCAAACCAGAUAAACCAGAUAGACGGUUUAAUAAGGAAUUAAUAGAAAAACAGAGGAACUGGACAGCACAUUUUAACAAAACGCGAUCAUCGCGGCCGGAACACGAACACAGAGUGGAUACUAAAUUUCCCAGUGGAAAUCACGAUAGAAAAUCGCCAGAAGCUUCUGAACGAUAUGCAGUCCCAUCGCGAGUGUAUUCUCCACCAUUGUCCCCUGGUGCCGGCGAUUCACAUGUAGAACGUCCUACUACUUUGCCUUCUAGUUUAGCAAAUCGGAAUACAACUGGUUCGAAAUCUCCUAGUCCUGUAAAAACAAAACCUUCAGUGUCUCCGUCGUCUAGAUCUAUAAGUUCAGUUACACCCACCGUUAUUCCUUCACCAGCAAUUCGAAGGGAGAAUUCAAGUUCGUUUGCAACAACAAGCACGGAAGCCCAAGCGCAACAUGUAGAAAAACUAGAAAGAAUAAACCCUAAAAAUCUAUCAUCAAUUUCACCUCAGGCUGAUUAUGAAAAUUUUGAAAUAGAAAAAGAUGUUCCGUUGCAAUCUGAAAAUGCGCAAUGUUCUGUAUUUAAAAAUGUUGAUAGAAUAACUUCAAAGCGAUCAUCUUCGGGUACUCCACCAACUCCGGUUGACCCUGCUCCUAGGAAAUCGCCGCCAUCACCUCCACCUAGAUCACCAAAGUCACCUUUACAGAAAAUAAUACCUCAUGAAGACGAUUUGGUUUAUACAGACCGCGAACCGUCGUUAUCACCUCUGCCCAAAGAUGAUAUGAUGUGCAAAUCUGAUGAACCUGAUAAUGCUGUCAGUGAAUAUUCCAAACGUUCGAAAUCUCCCACGUCCCCAAGAAUUAUUGAUGAAAUUGAUAAAAAAAGUAACAGUGAACCUACGUCACCAGCACAAAGUCCAGAGCCUUAUGAUGAUGUAAAAAAUUCUGCAAAACCAACAGAUACUUCCAGUUUAGAAGAAGACGGCUAUGAAACUGUUAAUUAUGAUGAGCAGUGGGAGGAGAAGACCAAAAGACGGACUUCUACGCCUGAGUCUCCGGUAGGGGCAGCGGAGACUAACGUGGUGGAGUCACAGUCGCCCCUGGCUUCUCCGCUGGCCUCGCCUGUGCACAAUCAGGCUUAUUCUUCAUUACAAUCCUCGGACCACACUGCAUCUUCGCCAGUGGGCGGAGGUCGCAAGUCUUCCGAAGCAGAAGAGACACCUCGCCGGGCCGGGUCCCGGGCUUCUAGCGUUUCCGAUGAGGGCGGUUUUAAUGAGCCUUCGCCAGAAGUGGUGGCGCGCCUGCGGCCUGCCGACUACCGCUCGCCGACCGCGCCGCUCACGCGCGACCACCGCGACGGCGAGCGGGCGCGGUCUGAUCCCGACACCCUGUCUGUGCUGCAGCAGGACUCCGGCGUAGUAGUGAGCGAGGCUAGUCAAGGUUCCAUCGAGGUUCUAGAUAAAUCGACUACGAGCCAAUGGAGCGUGUCGGAGGCCGAGGCGGCAAUGGGCGAGCAAGACGACGACAACAAGCAGCCCGACAGCAUGACGCCCGACGAGGCGGAGAUACUGCUCAGUUCCAGUAUACUGGAGAAAAAACUUAGACAAGAAGCUCUGCUGUCGGACGAGCAAGCGCAGGAGAUAGUGGCGAUGCUGUCGCCGCACGCGCUGCCCAACGACAACGGCGUGUCGCUCAACGACAGCUACCAGUCCGUACUCUCCUACGAGAGUAUGCAGUCAGUGGAUGAGAGCUACGAGUUCGUUUCCCUGGAGGCGGAUAACGGCAUGGCGGGCGGCGACCGGCGGAUGCCCCACGAGGCGGAUCCGGAACCGGAUCCGGCGCCCGCGCCCGCCGCCGAAACCGGCUCCGGCGCCGGAUCAGACACCGUGUUCGAUUUUUACCCCCCGCGGCAGCUGCGAGAACUCGGGGAAGAAAACGGCAUUCAUUACUUUGAGGAUGGACACUUUUACACAGAGAUGGCGGGUCUACCACCGAUUGAGGAAGAUGAAGACGACGACUAUUACCCAACGGUGUUUGUUAAGAAAAACACCAAAGUUAAGUUCAGUACGGGCCCAAUGCGCGUAUUCUCGACGCACUCCAUCAGCGAGUACGACCGCCGCAACGAGGACGUUGACCCCGUGGCCGCCUCCGCCGAGUACGAGCUGGAGAAAAGAGUGGAGAAGAUGCACGUGUUCCCCGUAGAUCUGGUCAAGGGAGCUGAUGGCCUGGGACUUUCUAUUAUCGGUAUGGGCGUGGGAGCGGACGCGGGUCUAGAGAAGCUUGGUAUCUUCGUGAAAACUAUAACUGAGAGCGGCGCGGCGGCGCGCGACGGCCGCAUACACGUCAACGACCAGAUCAUCGAGGUGGACGGGAAGAGUCUCGUGGGCGUGACACAAGCGUAUGCCGCGUCAGUGCUGCGUAACACAUCAGGACCUGUGAAGUUCCUUAUCGGUCGGGAAAAAGACCCCGAAAACAGCGAAGUGGCUCAUUUGAUCCGACAGUCUUUGAUAGCAGACAAGGAGAGAGAGGAACGCGCGGCCCGCGAACGUGCUCGUCGCCAACAGUCGUCCGACGACGAGUGCCCCGCGGCCGCCGCGUCGCCCGCGCAGCCGCGACACCCGGAGAUCAACGAGUUGCGGUCUUUGCUGCAUGAGUUGGUGGGCAUGGAAUCCGGCGGCGGCAGCGCAGCAGAGAUCAGCAGCCGCAUCAGCGAGUGGUGCUCGGCGCGCGCGCCCGACGACCAGCUGCGGCGCGCCCUCGCCACCGCCGCCGACUCCGCGCACACCGCGCAGAGGAAGUACGACAAGGCGCGGCGAGCACUCCGCUCGUGGCGCAGAACCCGCGCGCUGGUGCGCGCGCGCGAGGAGUGGUGGAGCGGCGCGCUGCGGGACGCGCACCGCGAGUACGCCGGCGCGCUCUCCGCGCUGCACGACCGCGUGGCGCGGCUCGAGGUGCUGCUGCUGGAAACUCAAAAGAAAGCUGGACUGCCGGUGAUGUUGCCGCAUGAGCCAUCGGCGCGACGAGAGACGCCACCGUUGCCAAGAAGACCAGACCCAGACCCAUUACUUAUUAACGAUCCAUGGAGCUCCGACAGCGAUCUCUCCGAUUUAUCGCCCGUGGAGGACGAGUACGCGAAGGUCGAUAAAUCGGAUCGCCGUCGCGAGGCUCCCGACAUCGGUGACGUCACGGCCUCCACCGCCGAUGACAAGACGCCUAAUGACGUCACUACAGUCGUCAACAAUGUCAAGCCCGUGGUAAGCGCCAGCAACAUACACGUGACGUACGCGGUGCCGACCCACUCUCCGGCGGUGACGUCAGCGCCGGCCGUGACGUCAUCGCCUUCUGUGACGUCACAUGUGUCUACUGCAACUACAGCUACCGCCCCGGCUGCUACAGUGCCCGCUGAAAGAUUGCCGUCUACGGAGCCAGCGGCGACACUAGCGGCGUCCCGGGAGUCAGUGUCGACGGUGGCGUCGCGCGAGCUGGACGCGGCCGUGCCGCGCGGCGCCCUGCUCGAUAACUCGGCGCACCGCGCGCGCACCGACCUCGCCCGCCACCGCCACCACGCGCCGCACUCCACCCCACACUCGCCGCACUCGCUCAGCAACGCUAGCUCGUACGAUGGGCUUGACGAUUCCUACAAUGAUUCAGCGGACGAAUCACUUAGCGAGUCUACGUCUGGAGCACCGCCUCACACCGGUCACGGCACACGGGAGACCCGUCAGAGUUGCGGCAGCUCGGUCGGCAGCGGCACCGAUGACGGCGUGUACUCGAGAGACCACCGACACCACCCGCUGUCAGGUCCGCCCGCGUCGCUGGCGGAGCAACUGAAGCAGGUGCUGGCGGAGCGCGAGAGGCGGCUGGCGGCCGCGCCCGACCCCGUGCAACUGACCAACGACCUCGUCGACGAGAUCCGCCAGGCCGUCAGCGAGGCCAACGCCAGAGUGAAGAAGGCCCCGGCGUGCGUGGUGGGCGGCGAGGUGCCGUGGCAGCCGCUGUCCACCGCCGUCAGCGAGGCCAGCCUGUCUCCGACCCCGCAGCCAGACCAGCGCGUCAACCAGUGGACUAAACAACAGGUGUGGCAGUGGGUGUGCAGCCUCGGCGAAGGCCUGGAGCGGCACGCAGGCGCGUUCGCGGCGCGCGGCGUGGACGGCGCGCUGCUGCUCGCGCUCAGCUCCGCCGACCUCAAGCUGCUGGGGCUCGGCGGCGACGACCGCCGCCGCAUGAAGCGACGGCUCAAGGAACUGCGCGCCGCACACGAAAAACACCUCAAAGCGCUCAAGAAAGCUGAGAAGAAAGCCAAGAAGAAGUAAUUACUGAGCGGAUAAAGUGAGCCAAAACGUUGUUGAGGUGAACCGUUCAUGAUAAAUCUCCGGUUACUCUAGUUUGCUAGAUUAAAAAAUGGUAGCUUCGAUAUUCCCAGUGGAUUCGCCCGGGUCACGCAGAUUCUUAGAGCUCGGCGUCGUCAAUUCCAGUUGUAGUAUAAAAAUUGAGUUGUCAAAACGUGGAACUACAGAGGCGCGUGUAACUACAUUGUACAUGUAAUAUUUAAAUUUCUCAUUAACGCAUGGGGGAACUCCUUAUUCCUUUCUAUAGAAAUAUACUAAAGACUGACAUUAAUAUUUUCUGCCCUUUUCUCUUAUAUUUCUUUGAUGAUUUAUCAAUGUAGUUACGUUCUAAGAGGAUUACUUAUACUGCGAUGCACUUGUGUGGUUGAAGAACGUUGGCAAAGGGGCGGGCCGCGAGCUGUGUCCGAUAGCGUACAUAGUGCCAUCUGACCUAUAGCUUAGAGAAUAGUGACGUUAGUGCCGCUUCGAACGAAGAAACGAAUAAUAUUAAUCGAAAAUUAGACUUAAGUGAAUAUGGAACAGGUCAAGUAGAACUCAUUUAUCUAGACUGUCUAAUCUUAUACUAUUUAUUCUGUAUGUAACUUAACUGAUAUUUCGUUAAAUUCGUAAUUUCUUGAUUGUUCCUACAUUUUGUAUUAAUUGUGUCAGUUUUUCUUCAAGUUCUAUGUGAAGUGAUGGACUGUGGGAAAAAUACUGGCUCAAUCUAGUCAUAAGAUGAAUUGUACGCUGUUUGGGAGACGUGAACACCUAACGUUUUUCUUAGAAAAUUCGUAUUAUUAAGAUAGUGUAUAACUUUCAUGUAAUAUUGUCAACUAUGUAUUAAAUGACAAGAUUGUAAUGCGAUAAUUUAUUUUAGAUUGGUAAUCAUCAUGCAAUGCAAAAUUAUUUUGAUUACUUUGGCAUUUAUAUUGAGGUUUAAUGCACAAAAUGUACUUAGUGUAAUGAAUAGCCGGUUGCGCAUUGCCAGUCAGUUAGUACUUUAUAAUAGCGAUGAUAUAAAGCUUGAUGAAUCAUGUGAUCUCAUUUCACGUAUAAAAGUAUAUUUUCACCGCCUCACAGUAUUCACGCCGUUACUGACGCAGCUGUUGUCUUAUGCAAUGCAAUUAUCAUUAUGAAUCUGUUGCGGCCAAAUCUUAAAUUUAUUAUUUCAUAAUCGUUUGACCAUUUCGUAAUAUCUCAUGAUUGUAGCAAUAACUGAUUAUAUCCUUAGACCUUCAUUAUACAAUGAUUAAAUUGACGUCUGGCCAUUUCAUUUAUAUAAUACUUUCUAGAUAUUUAGCUAUCGAAAUUGGCCAGAGGGCAGGUUAGGUAACGGUUAUAUAGUGGCCAUCACAAAAGAGUGCAUCGACCAAGUGCGCUAAAUUGUACCUACAUUUGCAAAAACCAAAGAGAGCGCCCCCCCCUACCGAGGAUAGUGCGACUUUAUCAAAGUUAGGCCAAUAAACAUCAAAGUCAUAUCGUCAAAUGUUGACGAAUCAUGGAUUUAAUCAGGUAUUGUGAUAUUACUUGAAGCAGUUGAAUGAACAGAUCAUGAAAUAAUCAAUUUGACGAUCGGUCUAAUAUAUAAUUUACUCUUAUUUAAUAUUAUACAUUCCAGUAACUCGAUUCUUGAUUGUUUCAUUGUGUGUUUUUUUAUGAUUUAGAGAUGCUUUGUAGUUUUCCUUAGGCAAUUCGUAAAUAUGGUUUAUCUAAGUGUUCUACUGUAUUAUGAUGAGCAUGCGUGUAUGUGUUUUCUCGGUUGCCCUGUACCAUGUAAAUAUAGUCUCAAAUGUAGCGUGGACGGAUAUAGCGAAUACAUGAAACUGAUGUAUGACUGGUGUACGCCGUACAUCUACGAUAUUUAUUUCAAUUAAGAAUAACAUUUAAUGUAAGUAGAAUCCAUUAACCAUUGCCAAAAUUGAACAGUACUUUUAUUUAAUAUAUUGUUGAUUUUUGUUUAAUUUACAUUUUCUUUAAAUUAUUUUAUAUUUAUUUUGGGACCAAAUUAAUUUGUUAUGAACUUACUUAUUUUUAUGUAUUUGGGUGAGCGUUUAAGAAAGAUUUUUUAUUUAUAUUUAAUAAACAAACCAAAGUCAAACAUCA